AUGUACCAGACGCCCAAAAGGAACAAAGUGUCUUCGAAAGAUGAUAGCGGCAUCGAACUAACCCCGGACAAUAGGAUUCUGAAGCCGAAAUCGCUAAACAGCUCGGACAAAGGUACAUACAACGGCAGCCCGAGUUUAUUGUCCCCCAGCGAGACGAGACGGGGCAGACCUAGGGCCGAUCUGCUAAACACGCUCAUCCUGGAAGGUUCCACCUCGCCUAGCUCGAUAAAAUGCAAAUAUUGCGGCCGGGUAUUUCCCAGGGAAAAAUCCCUGCAGGCCCAUCUCAGGACCCAUACAGGCGAGAAACCGUACGCGUGCGACUUCCCGCGUUGCCCGCGCAGGUUCGCCCAAUCGGGCCAGCUGAAGACGCACCAGCGGCUGCACACCGGCGAGAAGCCGUUCGUGUGCGCAGCCGCCAGAUGCGCGCGCACCUUCACGCACGCCAACCGCCAUUGCCCCGACCAUCCCGAGCACGCGUUGAAGCGGUUCGCCGCGCGGCCCGAGCCGAGCGUCAGCCAGACGUGCGACGAGGAGCACAACGCGGAGGUGCGCGAAUGGCUGAAGAAAUGGGACAGGCGGAACAAAACCUCCCAGAGCUCCGACGAGAACCUCGACACCACCCCGAAAAAGUCCAUGUUCAACCGCGACGAUUCCCUACUCGACCCCGCCGCCACCUCCCCCGCCUACGACAAGUCCCCCAAAUCCGACCCGGAGGACCAUCUCGACCCCUCGUCCCGCUCGCCUCGAGGGCAGCCCUGCGAGUUCGACUCGCCUCGAGGGCCGCCCUCCGAGCUGCCCAAGAAGCGGUGGCUGCGCGAGGCCGUCCAGGACAGGAGCCUGUGGGACUCGACCAACGAUCUGGCGUGCCCGAUCAACUGGGGCGAGGAGGGGGCGGAGGCGAAGGAGGAGAAGAAGGGUGUGUGCGAAAACCAGACACGUCCUUCGGUGCUCGUCUGUGUGCAGGGGGGUAAAAGCAAAGAGAUCUCCAGUGAUGAGAUACAGGGUGCUAUGGCUCUCGUGGAGCUGAAGAACGGGGUCAACUAUAGGGUUUGA